UUGACUUCCUUAUUGAAUUCUCAAAGAAAACAAGAAAUCUUAAAAUGAAAGAAAGGGCACGAUAAUUUUUUGAAAAUUUUCCCCAUAUUAUAGACAAUAUAUUUUUUAAAAAAUUCUCAAUUUCAGAUAUGUGAAGGAAUACCUUUUAAAUUCAGUUUAUACAUGAUUUUAUAUUUAAACUCCAAUUUCAAUUUCAAUACUAACGAUAUUGGAUUAUCAAGAAAAGAAACUGUGAUCAAGAAAUCACAGUGAGUUAAGGAUUAAAUAAAGAAGAGGAAUCAACUAAGAUGUUGGAAUGGUGGAUUCAAAACACCCUUACUGCCUUACUAGUCUUAAUAUUCACAAUAAUCAUCAUACUAGUUUACUUUGCAUUAUUUGUUAACAUCAACUGGGUCAAGGGACGAAAAUUCCAAACUGGUGACAAAGAUUUUAUCCUAAGAAACAAAAAGAGAGGAAAUUUACCGCCCGUUUUUCCAAAUGGUUGGUAUGCUGUUUCAGAAAGUUCUGAACUUAAAAAGGGACAAGUAAAACAUGUAAUUGCUCUCGGAGAAAAUUUUGCAAUUUUUAGAACUGUAUCAGGAAUUGUAAAAAUUUUAGAUGCCUAUUGCCCACAUUUGGGUGCAAAUUUGGGGCAAGGAUUGGUAAAAGGCGAAUGUUUAGAAUGUCCAUUUCAUCAUUGGCUCUUUCGUGGAGAUGGUUAUUGUGAAAACAUACCUUAUUCAGAAAAAGUACCGGUCAAUGCAAAAACAAGGACUUGGGAAUCAUGCGAGGUAAAUAAUUUGAUCUUCGUUUGGUACCAUGCAGAAUCUGAAGAACCAAACUGGAGACCUCAGGCUGUCCCAAAAAUUUCUAAUGGUACUUGGAGGUAUCAAGGGAAAAAUGAAUUUUACGUCAACAGUCACAUUCAGGAUAUUCCAGAAAACGGUGCUGAUGUGGCCCACCUGAAUACAGUGCAUGGACCAGCAAUGUUUCUAAACAACAUUUUCCCUGGUCUGAUGAGACACUCAUGGUCUGAUGCAAAGUGGAUGGCAUGCAAAAAUGAUUCAGAAAUACAAGAAAUACCCCAAACUGACGGAACAGUUUCGAAUGGAAUAAACAGAAAAAAAAGUUGCGAAACGAUGCAGAAACAUAAGGCCAUUCUUCAUCUCAAACACAGUUUGAUUUUGCUCGAGAAAUUCAAAUUAUUAGAAUUGUCAGUAAAGGCGGUGCAAAUUGGUCCAGGAUACGUUGAACUGCAACUCGAUAGUUUUUGGGGUUCCAUGUACAUCCUUCAAACGGUAACUCCAGUUGAGCCAAUGUUGCAACGUAUAACUCAUCACAUGUACUCGUCGCGAAGUCUCGGUCCUUAUGCGAAAAUCGUAAUAAUCGGAGAAACAUUAAUGUUUCAACGAGACAUCGAAAUCUGGAACAACAAAACCUUCACGAAAACUCCAUUAUUAGUAAAACAAGAUCGUGCAAUUACAGAAUUUCGUAAAUGGUACUCGCAAUUUUAUUCUGAUAACAGUCCGACUUUCCAGACAGCGUCGAAAUCCCUCGAUUGGUAGUUUAUAAAUAACUCAAACUUGUAUUCUUUUUAUCUAUUUCUUCGGCAAAUUAUUAUACGAAUGGAUAAACCCACCUAUUUAUUUAUUGUCACAACUCAGCAAAGUCACUGCGUUAUACUCAGUUAUACUCACUAUUAACUCAAUUAGCGAUAAAGAAUGUCACAUCGUCACCUUAAUACGUAAACUUCAUAAUACCACUUUAGGUCAAAAAUUACUUUUUAAUGUUAAAAGUAGCAUUUUCAAUAAAUAAAUAUAACAAUUAUGUUUCAGACACAAUCGGGGUGGUCACAAGAUUCAGUUUAGCAAUUUCCCUGAUAAUUUACUGACAUUAAAAUUAUUUUCCUUGACAAAAUUCUUUUUACAGAAAAAAAUUUAAAUUUAAGGAGAAUUUAUAAAAAUGAAUAUAUUGAUAACAUCAAGAGUCUAUUCUACUUUGUCCUCAAGUACUUUUUGAUAAAUACAGGCCUCAGGUCGACUUUAAGGCGCAAAAAAAGUUGCUUUAGUCGAUUAAAAAUACAAAAAAGUCGUUCAUUUAAUUCAGUGUUGUUUUAAAAUUAUUUAAAACUUCAACAAUUUUAUUGAAUAAAUAUUUAAAUAAUUUUCAAUUGUUUUAC